AUGGCAGACUCAGAGCUGGAGGAGAUCAGACGAGCUCGUCUUGCACAGCUCCAACAAGGCGGUCCCCGCGGAGGACCUAGCCAAGAUGGCGGCCAGGAAGAGCAGCGGAAACAAGCUGAAUCUGAUCGCCGUGCCUCGAUUCUGAGCCAAAUCCUCGAACCCGCCGCUGCGGAUCGUCUUGGUCGUAUUCGUCUCGUCAAGGAAUCGCGCGCAAACGAUAUCGAGAGCCGACUUAUCAUGCUGGCUCAAAGUGGUCAGCUGCGACAGAAGGUCUCCGAGGACCAGCUCAAGGAGCUUUUGAACGCCGUUGCGGAGAACCAGCGCAAGGAGGAGGAGGAACACAAGAUUGUCAUCACCCGGCGCAAAGGUGGCUGGGAUGACGAUGAUGAUCUCCUUGACUUCUAA